UCAAACCCCCUCUUGUAGUUGAUAACCGCGGAGGGGUGGGUAGGGGUGCACCAGCAGGGGGGGGUCAGUUAACCCCAACUCUGCGUUUUGUUCCAGAAGACAGGAAGUUGUUUGUGGGGAUGCUGAGCAAGCAGCAGAGUGAGGAGGAUGUGUACCGCCUCUUCCAGCCCUACGGAGUCAUCGAGGAGUGCACCGUGCUCAGGGGCCCUGACGGAAACAGCAAAGGCUGUGCGUUUGUAAAGUACUCCACACAUGCCGAGGCCCAGGCAGCGAUCAGCGCUCUGCAUGGGAGUCAGACCAUGCCAGUGAGUUCAAAUCAUCAGCAUGAUAAUAAUGAUACUGUGGGGGCUUAACAACUGGUGACAACACUGCAUGUUGUACUGCUCUGACCAAACGCUCUGCAUCACCUAGAAAUUCAUUUAACAACAUGAACAUCAUUUA